AAUGUUUUGCUCUGGAUUAGAGCAGGGUUUCACGACCUUGACAACUUUAGGAUGGGUGGACCUCAGCACCCAGAAUCCCCCCUCAUACACACACACAUACUGCGACCACCUAUCUUAAAGCUGCCAAGAUUGAGAAAGCCUGGGUUAGGGUAUUCACAACCACUUUCUAAAUCGGGUCUUCAAACUUGACAGCUUUAAGACUUGUGGACUUCAACUCCCAGAAUUCCUCCUCCAGUCGUGUUAGCUCAGGAAUUCUGGGAGUUGAAGUCCACAAGUCUUAAAGCUGUCAAGUUUGAAAGACUCUUGUUCUAAAUUAUAACGUCCCCUCACAACUUACAGUGUUUGUAGAAGUUGGUAGAGGGAAAUGUUUUUCAAGAUUAAGUAUUCAUUUCAAAAGAGGGUGGGUGGCUGGGAAUUCCUGUUGUUGUUUUUCAUCUCUGCUUGUUUGGUGGGAGAGCAGGGCUCAGGCACAGCAAUCAUUCUUUUCUUGCCUAUAAACUCACAAAAGCUGGGGCAGUUGAAGCAUCACCACUGCACUGACUGUGUAAAGUUCUUCACAAUUUUUAUGAGAUGAGCUUGAUCAUACGUAAUUUGCAAAGAGCUAUUCCAAUCAGGAGAGUCCCACUUCGCAAGAACAUAGAACAACUCCGUUCUAUUUUGGGUGUGCAAGAGUUUGACCUUGGUGUAAUUUGUGUUAGUAAUAUGUACAUACAGCAACUUAACAGAACUUACAGAAAGAAGAAUAUUCCUACUGAUGUGUUAUCUUUUCCUUUUCAUGAGAAUCUGAAAGGUGGAGAGUUACCCCAGCCCUGUAUUCAAGAUGACUACAAUUUGGGAGACAUUUUUCUAGGAGUAGAAUAUAUCUAUCAACAAUGUAGACAGAACCAUGACGAUUAUAACAGUAUUCUUACAGUGACAGUUGCCCAUGGCAUGUGCCACUUACUUGGUUAUAAACACAACACAGAAACAGACUGGCAACAAAUGUAUGAAAAGGAAACACAAAUUCUGCACGAGUUAAGCAAACUGACAGGCACAAACUUGGAACCUCUGUCAAAACACCAUUUCUAAAUGUCAUUAAAAUAAAUCUCCUAUUUUCU